AAAAAAGGAUUGACCAUUUGGAAUGCUAUCAAACUGAAUGUGUAAAUGAGGAGCAAUAUAUUGGAAACGCUUUAGAAAAUGAGUACACAUGAUAUCGGUGAGGAGGAGAGGACAGAGCAGGGAAUGGGUAGGUGAAGACAAUUCAAAUCAUAAUUAUAUUAGAACUGUAUUAUAAAAGCGGUGGUAAUAAAUGAUCUUAAUACAAAAGUAUGUUUCUUCAAAUAAAGCUGAUGAAAAAAAAUUAACCAUGUCAGUUAACGGUAAAAAAAAAAUAUUUUCCUUCAUUAGUGGAGUGAAACUUGCAUGUUCACAGCAUGUGCAGCGAAACCUGGUCUGGCUGUUGUGUAUCUGUUGCAGGUUAUUGUAUUAAGGAAUACUAGAUGUAGCCCACCAAACAUUGGCGACAGCAAUGCGUGAACUUCCCAUCCACUAAAGUUACUUGGCAAAAACGUGAUCUCAAGUUACUCACAUUUAAGAAUGCCAAUUUUGCUACACCCUUCCCCCCCCCCCUUUUUUUUUCAUGAUACGCGACCCGCGGCUUAGCAUACGCCGCAAGCUUGGCUGGCAAGCGGGGGUGGGGCAGGAGGGGGGGGCGGUAGCUUCACCGCAGUGCGCAUGUCUCGAGACCAACGAUGGGCAUAUUUAGAUAGAUUUUAAAAAUCAUUUUCAAUGUGACACAGAACCCACCCCCCCUCUUUUUCAAACACAUAAAAAUACAAUAUACGACAUCACCAUGCAUGACAGCACCAAACAUGACAGCAAAGAAAAUGACUGCACCACACAUGACAGCACCACACCGUGACAGCACUAUACACGACACCACCAACCAUGACUGCAGCAAACAAGACAGCACCACCACACUUGAGAUGUGAAUUGUAAAUCAAUACCCAGGUAUUACGAAGUGUUGAUGCGCAUGUUUCUGCCUGUCCUGUGAGUGUAUUGGUAGUCGCCAUGACGAGGUCAAUAUUAUGGUUUAGUUUAGUUUAACGUCUCUACUAUAUAAGAGAUUGUCAUUCACUAGAUACAAGUCACACAAGCUUACUUUUCCUGGAAACACUUUUGAGAGACUUCAAGGUAACUUUGUUUGGAUUACAUUUGUUGCAAUAAAAACAUAUUAUUAAUUAAUAUUAUUACUUUUGAAAUAUAGUUACAUACUUCUCAGCCAUCAUUUUAUUUAAAACUGUUUGUAUAAUUAACUAUGGCUCAAAAAGUUGAUAACUCAUUAAAAAUUAAUUAGAGCUUGAUUUUUAAAUUCUUACUACAGUCACUGGAAUUUGGUAAAUGUAACGGCACAAGUUAAAAAAAAAUAUUUAUGUAAUGAGAUAAAAAGUUUACAUGGUUACAGGUUAGCCUAUAUUUUAUUUAGUUUGAAAUAAUACCAAAUUGCAGAGUGUUAUUUAAACACUUGCCUUCAUUUAUGUAAUUCACGUAUCAUACACCUUAUGAACCUGACUGCCCACCGACUAAAAAAAUGAGCAUGGUUAUAUUUAGAUACAUUUGUUCGUGUCACAGCUAAAAAUAAACAUAAAUUUUCCUAUCGUGAAGGUGCUAGACUGUUUUAACGGCCUAACCCAAAAACGUAUGAUACAUAUUUCGAAGGAGGAAAAUAGGGCAAACACACACACACGCACAUAUGUAUAUUAAAAAAACCAAACAUAAGCAGAUAGAGAGACACACACAGUCACGCAUACAGACACACACAAAUAGAGGGACACAUACUAAGACAGACAAUAAAAAGACACACAUAUACGCAUACAAACUGUAUGAGUUACCAUUGACUACAGCCAUUCCAGAAAAGCCCUUUGCAAUGCUCAUUGCUCUAGAAGGGGUAGUAGACCACACAUAUAGCCUUUCUCUCCAUUUUGUAUGUGGAACUAGUGCACCACACCCACGGCCGCUGUAGCAAUUAUGUCAGUCGUAGCAUAGAACUAUUCAAUAUCAGCAGAAACAAAGCAAUACUAGCCACGAUAGAACGAAACGUGGGGUUAAAUACACCCGAACCCUGCUUCCAAUUACAAGAACCCUUGACGAAGCGGACGAGGUUAAAAAGACCUUCGUGUUCAGAUGUUGUCCACGAGGUGGAGCAAAACCUGCCGUUUUUCCCGGGCGGGGGGGGGGGGGAGGCGCAACGAAAGCUACUACCUCACUGUAAUACAUCUAACAUUGGCAAAUACGGCGGUGUCAAUGACGCACAGAAUGAGGCGACCGUAAGAGUGACCGAAGCAUUUGAUUACACAGUGGUACCAGUUUUCAAAGAGGUCUAAUGCUUUGCGAGGUGAAGACAGCUGGUUGCACCGACCUCAUAUAGCACCCGGAGGAGGUACCUCCAACGAAGGAGAUCGCAGGUGACGUGGAGUUCUGGGAAGGGCUUAGGUGUCAUGAGAAAAGAAAAAUGUUACUCCAUGUUGAAUCAAGUACCUCGAAAUAAAGUCGUUUCAACAAUGAAAUCACUUUUGAAGCUUUAAAAUGCCUAAAAAUAAUAUAACAUAACAUAAUAUAUCUACGGCGUUGGCCUGUUCACUUUGAAUAUGUUGACAUAUUUUCUUGGCUGACUUUGAAAGUUUUCACUUCCUUGGACAACGUAGAAAGAAGUGUCACUUAUGUAAAUGAAAUCUUCAUCAUCAUCAUCAGUGGCACUACAGCCCAUGUAGGGCCCUGGCCUGCUCCAACACAUCCUUCCAUUCGGAGCGAUCCAUGGCUUUCCGUCUCCAUGCUCGAACCCCCAACUGGUGUAAAUCUGUCUCUGCAUCAUCAAUCCACCUCAUCCUUGGGCGACCGGUGUGACGUCUACCCCUAGGCUUCUGCCUGUAUAUAAUUUUGGCUGUUCUGCAUUCCGGCAUCCUUUCAACAUGACCUGCCCAGUGUAUUCUGCCCUUUUUUAUCAUUGUGACUAUGGUUGGUUCUUUGUUUCUUCACAAGAAAUAUUUUUGAUAGCGAUGAGUUGACCUAUGUGAAUCAUUUUUUGUCAUCAGAUAAGCUGGAAGAUUGGAACGCGUAAAACAUUUCUGUGCUUUAAGAUAAGAUAAGCUAAGCUAAGAUUCUUUUAUUGAUCCAAAUAAAUGGAAAUUUUUUUUGAUUGCAUUAUACAUUUUCAGCAAAAAACAAUUUGAACACAAGACAUUUAUAAUAAAUUAUUUCAAACAGUCAUUCAGUCAGUUCUCUUAGGAAAAUCGGGGACUUAUUAGUUCUCAUUCAGAUGAGAAGCACACCGGUAAAUUCGUACAGAUUGGUGAACAAAAGAAUUUUUAAAUCGGUCAGUCCUCGCCCUGAUGGAAAGAAUUUGUCCCGAACGGCCUGAUCUUAAGUAUCUAGGAUGAAGAGGGUGGGAUGUAUCAUCCAAAUUGUGUUUAGUUUUGCAAAAACAUCUCUCUUCAAAUAGUUCUUCAAGUGAAGGAUGCUAAAUUUGUGUUAUGUUUCUAGCUUUCUUGAUUAGUCGGUUUAUGCGGUGUUUAAUAUCAGACGUUGAAUUCCCACACCAGCGGGUAAUACUGAAAUUAAGCAGGCUUCAAAUUGUUGUACUGUAGAAUAAGUUAAUGACUUGCUUGUUUACGCCAAAAUUGUACAGUUUUUUUAUAAAAAUGGGUUCAAAUAUUUCACAAUUUCAAAGUAAAUGAUGUACAUUCUGUAAAUUGGCAAAUACUCCAUAAGUUUUGAUUCAGCGUUCCGGGCACAAAUGCAUAUUUGGAGCGAGAUUUCUCUCAGGUAAAGAAUGUUUUAACGUCUGUGAAAUCGCAGCUGAAAGUAACCACUCAGAGAGAUAUUUUGAUUGUUCAGUGUACAUUGAUCUUAAGAUAUGCUUAUUGCGAAUGGAAAAUUUUUAAAAAGCUUGUCAUGGGUCACAAAAUAUUAAUUAUAAUUUAUAACAAAAUGAUAUACAGAAGGAUAUUAAACCAUUUUUUCGAAACCCCCCCCCCCCUCUUCCCCAAACCCCGCUGCCACGGUCACGCACGUUAUAUCCCUUUUAACGUUUUAUUGUUUCCUUGUCACAUGAUCUUAAUUUGAACCCUCCAGAGAUGGCAAAACAUUUGAAAAGCGUUCUUAAAAGCAUGAAAAACUAAAUGACUGGAAUGGGUAAUAAGUUGACUGAUUUAGAAAUAGUUCCUACAAUAUUCCCAUCAAUAUCCGCUGCCUGUUAACAAUGAAUAAUUUGAGUUUACAGGGCGAAAUAUAAGGAAAGGGAAGAAAUUCUUUACACUCAGUCAGAGACUUUGAAUGGGCCAACAACUAAAAAAAAAGUUGAACUUCCAAAAGAUUCCCGCGUUUCUAACUCUAAAAAAUACUAUUUAUUAGUAUUAAUUAUUUUGAACGCACAGGGAAUGGAGCCAUUUCACUUCGCCCAUUUGGCUGCAGUGUUUCUUUCAGAUAUUUUUCCCUGGGGGGCACUUAAAAUUUUCGGGGGAGGGGGGCUGUGCCAGUUGACCAGAGUCAUAGCAAGGGGGGGGGGGGGCGCAGAUUUUGGUGCAUAUUUGAAUUUGUGUUUCUUUCAGACAAUUUUGAUGUUGCAUUUCAAACUUUCGGGUGGGGAGUGCCAAAAUUAGUCAUAAUAAUGAUCAAAGACAUCUUGAAUUCGGCUCCAGUGAGACGUAAACUAAAUUCAUUCUAAUUGUGUCACACUUGAACUAUAAACUCAGAUUCAUAAUACUUAUAACUAAAAUUUGGCAAAAAGAGAAAAUUCCGACAGAAUAGGAUAAUAACCUCAAUAUACAAGAAAGUUCCAAAUUUAGUGCACAAACUGCAAGGGAAUCUCAUUAAAUGUUUCAUACAAAAUACUGAUGAAGCUAAUUGCCAAACUAUUAAAACCGUACACUGAAGAAAUACUAGAUGAUUACCAAUGUAGAUUCAGGCAAAACAAACUAACGACUGAUCAGAUUUAGAGAAAUGUUAUGUAUAUAAAAUCCCAAAACACCAACUCUAUGUGGCAUAUGAAAUGGCAUAUGACAGCACCAAAAGAAAAUAUCUGUAUGAGAUUCUGCUGGAUUUAGGCAUACCCAACAAACUGACAAGACUAAUACAUAUAAUAUUGAACAACUCAAAAAGCAAAAUCAAGUUUCAAGGAGAUUAUUCAAGGGAAUUUCAGAUAAGAUGAGGCCAUAGACAAGGAGACUCACUGUCUUGUAUGCCAGCGUUUCCCAAACUUUUAAGUUUCACGGACCGGUUGACUAGUUUCGAAACUGCACCAGGGACCGGUGCCAGAUUUAUUAAUUACAUCUUCUUUCUAUUUAAACAUCAAUAUUCAUGCUCUCUGGACCGGUAACGUAAGGCUCGCGGACCGGCACCGGUCCGCGGACCACCACUUUGAGUAGCACUGCUGUAUGCUAUUUAACCUAGCAUUAGAGCAAGUUAUAAGUAUAAGAAGUAUACAUAUUGACAACCGAGGAACAAAAGCAGGAUACUUUCUGAGGAAAACCCAAGACCCACAACCAAUGGGCACUCUCUACAAUCAACCCCUUAAGUAUCUUUCAUAUGCUGAUGACAUAGCACUGCGAGGGAAAAGUAUUAAAAACGUAUCAAAAUAAUUUCUUGAAUAAGAAGACUUAUUACUACCACAGGGCUGUAAGUUAACCAAAAAAUAAAAUACAUGAAUAUGAGAAGAGAAGAACAUUCAGAUUAAACUAUUUCCCCUCCCCCACCAUUGCAUAACUGGAAAUUUAACACAUAUAGCAAAAUCCAACUUCGACUGUACAGUUGUAGAUCAACAGGGUAAUAAGUAUCCACAUGAUAAGUAUCCACAUUCUAGUGUCGUAACACCUGUAGGGACAUAUUUUAAAGAUUAAAUACACCACAUCUUACCGCACACACUGACUCUUCGUGCUUGCUUUAACGUACUCCAAAAUAAGAUAUCUAACGGCAUGUUCUCUAACCAAAUGAUCCUUCUUUGGUAAAAGAGGGGGAAAGUGACCCCCCCCCCCAGAGAGAUACCCGAAAGAAACCCUGUUUUGCUUCCGGGCAAAAAAAUUGUUUUAAACAUUGUCAUUAUUACACAUUUAAGACAAAUGACUAACCAAUCAAAUUAAGAUGUUUCGUUUGGAAAAGGGCAAUGGCUGUUGUCAGACACUCGUUUCAAAUUAAAUUUAAAAAAAAAAUUAUACUAUGAAAAAUAAAAUGUGUCCCAAUACCAUAAAUUUACGUAGGAGCUGUGUAGCACAACCAAACUUUGACAUUUAGAUCUAUAUUUUAAAUAGAUAUUAUUGAAUUUUUAAAAAAAAAUCAGAUAUGUACUUCAUUUAUCACAGUUGCAUUUAAAUACACGUUUUAUCAUCUUCAACGAAAUUCCGGCGGGGAAACGACAUAGAUCCGAACUUACACACUAUAUUCCCACCAAUCCCAUCGAACACUAACAAUCCACCCCCUUCCUUUUAUUCCUUCAAAUUUGAAAGCAUUAAAAAAUUUAAGUAAGUUGUUUCAUAAAAUGCAGAGAUGGAAAAAAAAGUUGUCUAAGCAAUUAGAAUGUAUCAUAUUUUUAAGGAAGAAUUCUUUAUCAACAGAUAUUCAGAAAAAUCAAUAAAUUAACGAAUAUUUAUAGUAAAUAUUAAACUUAAUAAACGCAGAACAUAAUUUAAUGGAAACUUCAGACAGCAAAAAAUCACCACUAAAGCCAACCUCAGCUUGAAAAUCGUUUAAUUCUUCAUUGAAAGGACUCACUGAAGCUAAAAGUUCCAAUUCCUAUAUCAGGUAUCUAGUCCGAAAUCACCUCACUAACACCAACACCUAAUGAUGCCAGUGACGGCUUCCUUAGUUACAAUCGAGAUAUACGUAAUACGUGCGAAGGAUAAGGCUCUGUUGUAUUCUACACACAGUUCAUUUAGAUUAGUGUGACAGGCGCCAUUUACUCUUAAUUGCCUGUAUUUCUCAUUUAUAAAAUCAUAUAUUUAGAGGGAAAUUCAAUCCGAGUUAAACAAGUACCGAUUAAAAAAAAAAACGAACCGAGGAAGUGGGAAGACAUGCUAUAAUGUUAACGUAAGUUCAUUGCUGAACAUGAGACAUAAGUUUUAAAAAGAACCCAGAUCUCAUUUACAGCGUGGGUUAAGUCCUGAAUUAAACAACCCUUGAAAACCUAGUUUUUCGUAUCAAUCCUUUAGAUAAUGUCAUCUCGAGCAAUGGAGGUGGGGCUGAAAAUGUGACAAAAUCUUCAUACAAGUAACCCACUUUAUAAGAAUUUCAAUUAAUGCUAUCCCCUUCCAAAGCUCGCAAUCGCAUAUUUUUUCACGCCCCUGAACUAUAUUAAUAUUCUAAUGACCCACCCAUCUUUACACAGGAUAUCUAUAUUACCAACUAUUUCAGAAAAAACAAAAUAAAAUUUUAAUGCUGCGCCCAAAUCGCACCUGAGAUAUUUAAAAAAAAAAAAAAAGAAUCUUAUUUAGCGCAGUUAUCGAAGAUUUUCCUUUAUGAUCCCUUUGAAAAACAGGAAAACUAAUUUUUUUUUGGUUGGGGUCGAAAAUUUUAAAGAAUAUUUUGUUAUCGGCACCGUGCCUAAUUGUCUAGUUUCAGCUUGAUUGCUUGACGUAAAGUGAGUCAAUUAGCCGUCCGAAGAUUUUGCCUGCCAUUCAGCCAGCCAGCCAGCCACCCACGAACAAAAGCGAAGUUAAUAUAUAAAAUUAUAAAUACAAAAUAAUUAUAAUAAUCAGAGUAAUGACACAAUUCAUUUGAAAAAACACGCUUCAUCCCUAAUUUAGGCUCGAAUAGCAGUAGAAGUCAACCAUACAUGAAAAUUUAUACUAUUCAACAUUAAAAUACAAAACGCAACAAUACAAAAUCUACAUACAAGCCAAUGGAAAAUACAAGCCAGUAUAUAGGACCCCAUCCUGGUGUGACCCCGAUCCCUUUGGGACCCGGAUCCCACUCUGACACCGAUCUCGGCGCAGUUCCGUUUCCCGGUUUGAUCCCGAAAGAUAUAUUCUAGGUUGGGAUCCCGAUCCCUGUAGGAUCCUGAUCCCGUUGGAAUAACGUUCAUGAUUGGAUCCCGACCCAUUUGGGAUGCCGUAUAAAAAACUACUCAGUGGUACUGAGAAAAAAAAAGUAAACUCCGCGAUAGUAGAGAAAUGAAUAGAACUAACAAACAUUUCAAUAAUCCCUUAGAUCUCACUAUAUAUCCUCUUGGAACAAUUUAGAACUUUCUGGAACAUUUUAGAUUAAAUUUAAUAACCUGCUCGAAACAUGUGGUAAAACUACUUAUCUCAUUAUAUUUCAAAUACGAUAAAAAUCUUCAACAGAUGCCAUAAUUAUAAUCCUUUUUCUUUUAAGUUAAUCGGUGGCCCCCGGGGGGGGGGGGGCAUUUCAGAACUGUAUCAAUUUAGUUAUGCCUGAGAUAAGGGGCCAUAUAAAAAUCAGUCAGAUAAAUAAUAAAGUUAAAAUUUAAUUUUUUCCCCCUUAAGAUCUACUUUAAAAUGUAAUAGAUUUAGCGUUUUAAAAUGAUCAAACUUUCUAGAGAAUUCUAGAUUGAAUAUUCUUAGUUUUAAAUCCACCGACAUUUCAAUACGGACAAUGAAGGGUAUUGCUACAACGCUAGGCCUAUAUCCAUCAAUUCACAUAGAAACUAUAGUGUUGUCUAAGCCUAUUAAUAUUUAUAUGGCUUAUAUAAGGAAAAAUGAAAUGUGGCCCCCGGCUCCAGAGGGAUGGAUAUUAUGAGUUUAGUAACAUUCGGUAUUUGAAUAUGGAUGUAUAUGUACUGUGUACUAAGUUUGGUCAAGAUCAAUCUAUUCAUGUAGGAUUAUUAAGCCUACUGAUAUUUAUAUAGCUUAUAUAAGAAAAAAUGAAAUGGGGCCCUCAGCCCCAGAGGUAAGGAUAAUAUGAGUUCAGUACCCUUCGGUUUUUUUAGUAUGGAUAAUCAAGUAUAUGUGUGCUAAGUUUGGUCAAGAUCUAUCCAUUCAUAUAGGAGUAUUUGUUGGUCAUUUUAUUUAUGUAGCUCAAAGAAGGAGAAAAUUAAUUCGGGGCCCCCAGCCCCAAACGGAAUGUUAUAAAAUUUUCAUAACCCCGUAAGAGUUCCUUCUGGAUAAUGAUGGAUAUAUGUGCCAAAUAUGGUCCAGAUCCAUCCAUCCAUGUAAAAACGUAUGUGGAACAAAUCCAGGCACAAACAAACAAACUUUCCCAUUCUUUCUUUCCGUCUACCUAACGCUGCGAUCAUCGUCGAUUUGAUCAGAAAAUGUUAUUUCAAUGUGUUAUCAUCUAUUAAUCAUGUGUAACGUUUCAUCAUCUUUGUUUUUAGAGUAUAUAUAGAGUCUGUUAUUGUUGAUGACAAUUCUUUUCUAAAAUAUCAAAUCCAAAUAUUCUCUAAGACUAGCAAAUCUUGUUUCAUACGUUUUGAAGACUGAAAUGAGUUAAUGAAUCGUUUUGAUUUAUCAAAACUCAUUGCGUUUCAUCACACAAAACCCUACACAAAUCUCAAACAUUGAACAAUUUCUUAACAUCACUUAUUCUAUUACUGUAACACUGAUCUUACUUUGCAUUUUACGUUUUGAAAAUCAUAUUUAUAGUUUUUUCAUUAUUGAAAAAAUAUAAUGAUUUUGUUAAUUUUACAGAAAUUAUGGAGACAAGAAUGGCGGAAGCAUGGGAACCCAACGAUGAUGAUGAUCUAGAAGAAAUAAUCAGGGAAUUUAAGAUAAAUGAGUCAGAGGAGUUUGUUGAGCUAGAGGAGUUUGACCCCGUUGGUGGGGGAUUAUCCCGGGAACCUGAGGUAUUAUAUUUUGCCAAUGAUUAUUUUAUGUCUGUCUGAUGGUUUAUAUCUGUCGAGUUUGCUAAUAUAUUUUUUCACCAAUUUCAUCAGAUUUAUUUCCUUAUAUUUUAAUAACACUUCAUCUCAAUGAUAAUCAGUGUUCAUUCCAGACAUUUUCCUACAGGGGGUUGAAGGGUGGGGGUGUAAUUCAGAUUAUCGGCGGGUAUUGCCAGUGAUCAGGAGCGAAGCUAAGGAGUGGCAGAAGGGACAGACGUCCCCCGGGGGCGCAAAAUGAGCUGUGAUGGUAUUUAAUGAUUGAAAAUAAUGUUGUUCAGUAGGGGGGCGUCAGACACUCACACUACGCCCCUGCUUGUGGCAUAGAAAGGGGGCGAUUGGGGCUACUACCAGGAGUCAGUUUGUCUUUUUAUGGAGAUGCAUCAUUUUCAGACAACUGCAGAGUUUGUAUCGUGAAAGAGAGAGCGCCAAUGGCGGCUCUAAUACUAGCAUCGCCACGAGGCAGUGUAUGUAUUUGCACCAAAAUUGUAGCUCACUCAGAAGAAGCUUUGUGAUUAUUUCAAAACGAAGAGGUGUCUUUUGGAGCAUAUUUAAAUGUAUUAUUUCCAUCUGAAUUUUUGAUCGGAGAAAGGCAGUUUUAAGGGUGUGGGGAAUUCAUUAUGGCGCCCAAUACAAUACACAAACUGAAUUCACCCCGGUUAUGGAGUGCCCCACCGUAAUAAUAUGGUGGAAGCUUAGAUUCAAUUCCAUAUUGUAACAUUGAUCAGCGAGAGGCAAGGGGGGUUUGGAUAUCAAGGGUUCAGAAGACAGUCGGGAAAAUCCUAAUAGCAGGGGAGCAUUUUGGCAAAAUCUGUAAGCCGUUGUUUCUGUCAGACAAUUUUUAGGUGGCAUACAAACGUUCGUGUGGGAAGAGCGAAAUUAGCUAUAAUAAUUAUCAAAGAAAUCUCUUACUUCACACAGCGGAACAGGAACUAAAUUAAUUUCAGUUGUGUUGCACUUGAUAGUAUGCUUUUUCCCUAGCGUAGUCUCGCCCCUUAAUCUUUAUAUUCCUCAGAAAAUUUUUGAUAAAAAUAAAAGAAGGCAUUUUAGCACACAGUUGAUAUUUUUUUUAACAACAUUCUACACUUAAUUGGAGAGCGACCGAAGAGAUGCUGGUUAAAAAUGUAUGUGUCACUUAACUUAGUACCAUCGUGUUACCCAGCAACCCCUACAACUGAAAGAGGCCUCAGAUAUUUUAAAGGGUUAAUAACGUUAUGUGGAAACCUUCUUAAUUAUCAACUUUCAAUGCAAGGUGGCUGAGGACUAAACCGAAAAGAGGCAGGAGGCCGAAAAAAGUCGAGUGACGACUCUGCUUGACCUGCUUGCGUUAUGAAAAUAUUUUUCUUUACUGAAAUGUAAUGAAAUAGUAAUGUGGCUUUAUUUUUUAUUCAAACUAUUGUUGGAUUAACUACUUAAAUAAAUAAAAAUGUUUCCAUCACAAGAAGCGCAUUUAACACCAAGUUACAUGUCGAAAGCAAAUAAAAAAACCCACAUAAACAAUUAAUAAAAUAAUUAAUUAAUAAUUAAUAAGUGAAUUUAAAAAAACAACACAAUUAAAAAGAUUUCUAUUGCUAAAAAGAAAAAAAUACUAUUUUACACGCUGAACGCAAAUGGAAAAUAAACAACUUACUUUCAAUAAUCAGCUUGUCUAAAUAUAUCAAAGUUUUACCAGAGUAAAAAAAAAAAAUGUUAAAUGCAAAGGUCUAUAUAUUUGUAUGUGUUAUCAAAACUGGCCGUUUUAUAAAUCGUACAUGAACAGCAUAAUUAUGUCAAGAGGGGAUGUUUACAAAAGACAUAAAUUUAAUAUUUGUUUAUUUUUAUCUGAGGGAAAUUCUAUAAAAAUACAAUGUAAAUAUAUCAAUGCUCAGUUGAAAUUCCAAUUUAAAAAAAAAAAAUUCAAAUUACUUUAACUUUCUUCAUGGGAAUUAGAAAUUGCUUGUUUGAUAAAAUUUAAAACAUAUUUUUACCAAAUCAUCAGAAUUAACUUAAAUUGGUGAUUUAGAAAUACUACGUUGUUCUAAAGCUAGUACCAAAAAUAAAACUUUUACCAGAUUUUCAUAUAGAAAAAAAAUAAUGAAAAAGAGUGUUUAUUAUUCUGAUAUUAAAAAAAGACAAAAGCGGUUGGGAAUUAAAUAAAUAUAAUACUUAAAUAAACCCAACUUUGUUAAUCAGAACAUUUUGUUACAAAAGUGGCACAGUAAAAGAAAACACAAACGCUUUCGAUUUAAUAAUAAUUGAUGAAACUUACACUGUUUGCAAAUGUCCUCCUCUGAUCCCAUAGUUACGCCAAUUGCCAAUGCCAUAUCCCAUACCUCUAGUGCCCCCUCCGGCCACUCCCCUCCCCCCUAGGGGGGGGGAGGAAAUUGUCUGAAAGAAACACUAGCCGUGAGCUACGAGGAGUGAACCAGGUGUUUUUUUUCCUCCUGCAUAACAAAGUAUCAACGUUGACAAAGAACAUUUAAUGCACUAAGACUAAGGCGUAUGGCAGGUGUUUAAACACGUGAAAACAAAAUUGAUUACGGCAGUGGCUUAGCUAGGGUUGGUGUCACCCGGUGCGGUAAAUUCAUGGUGUCAUCCCCCAAAAAACAAACAAAAAGAACAACUUCCAUGGUGGAUUGCUUCUAGUUAAAGUAAGUCCACAGUAUAACAAGGACAAGGACAAAAACACAUAAAUUGAAGGUCAUGAGGUCAAUGUAUUUAAAAACUGUAACAUUUUUAAGUUAUAGUUAUUUUUACAUCAAAUUUACUUUAUUUAAAAAUUUCCUAUCCUUGUCUUCAAAGCUGCAAACCUGUCAAUGACUUGAUCAAAAUCAAUGCCCUUCACUGAAUUACUUUCAAUUGAUAGCAGAGCCAAAUCAGAAAGCCUAGACUGUCCCAAAGGGAAUUAUAAAUAUCUCUUGUUAGUUGGCGCACAUCUCCUUUAGAUUUCGCCUUUUGUUUUGUCUUUACGCUGAAUAGUCCGUAGUUGUUGUGAAACAAGGUACUCCAUAUUUUAAUAAUUUCAGACCGAAAAUAAUCUGAAACUGGUACAUUCCAGAGAGCAGUAUCUUAUAAAAUGUGCCAGUUUUUGUUAUUUAACCAUUACGCUUACAGUAUCUUUGUUUGAAUCAACAUAAUCAGCAGACAUUUCUGUUUCCAAAUCAUACUUUUCCCCCCUUUUUUUCACGCGAAUCUCUUCCAUCUUCUCCAUUAUUUGCUGAAAAGAAUGUAUGCUGCAUCGGGAGAAUCAGUAUCAAUGGUAGGCUGAGGAACGUCUUUUGAUGAACCCUGAUGCUGGUCAUCAUUUGGUUUUUCAAUAUUGAAGCAUGAAUUCUGGUAGUGAAUUUAGAUGAAAUAGCAAAAACGAGGUAUGUGGAAACUUGAAUUUAAAGACAGGACAAUAAGAUUAGAACGUUUCGGCACAGAGCCUUCUUCGGCGCACAGGAAAAUAUCCUUAAAUUCAAGCUUCCACAUCCCUCGUUUUGCUGGCUGUUUAGAUUUGUGCAGGCCGUGUGUCAUGGUAUAAUAACCUUGAACAAUAAAAAUGCUUUAAUUUUGUCAUUUUAGACAACAAACAAAAUAAUUACUGACGACAAUUCAAAAACAACAGUCAGUUCACUGUCCAAAAUACAACACAGAAAGGUAGCAGGUAAAACCCAGCAGUCGAAAUAUGACAAUUGUGCUCAAAUGUUAUGGGGCGAUAAUAGUGACGAAUGGGGGAAAACAUUAAUUUUUUAGUAUUUCAGGAUUUCGAUAUAUAAUACUUUAUAUGUCUUCAAAAAACUUUUCUUUAUUUAAUUUUAAAUAAAUAAGAAUUAAUCAUUAAAAUAUUGAAAGUUGUGUAAAAUAUACUAUUUUUUAACUCCAUACCACACCAUAUUUGGUAUCAAUGGAAAGCUCUAUUUCUCAGAAUUUAGAUAAAUAUAGCCUCCUGUCACUUACGGAGGUUACCGAACACUUCAAUCGGCGUGGAAUAAUGACUGUUUUUCUGACUAAAACAGAGGGUCGUCUCAUUUCUGACACACCAACUUUGAACUUUUCAUAAAGCACGCAUUUGUCACAUUUUUGAAAUAAGUGUAUGUGUGAUCGGUUAUCCUUUUGUGAAUCUCGGUUAGACCGAGCAAUGUGUGCUCUGUAAAUAUGCAAUUUUUCAAUUGGGUGUCACCCUUAAAAUGGUGUCACCCGGUGCGGUCCGCAUCCCCACAUUCCCCUCGCUACGCACCUGGAUUACACGAUCACAAAUAAAAAAAAUAAAAUAAAAAUACAAUAAAACGCUGUAAGAUUCCCCCAAAAUAGGCCAACAUUUUUUGGGAUAACCAGAUUCUUUUAGUCAAAUUAGCCUAAAAUUAAGUAUCCUUACAAAUUUACUUCUAUAGUUUACAAACUGAAAUUUAGUUGGCCAUCUCCAUAACAUUACGUCAUGAUUGCACAACGAUUUUCCGUAUCUUACAAUUUUCUCAUCACUUUUAAAUGCUCAAGUUGUUUUAUUUGUAAUUUUAACGUGGAUUUCAUUUUUAAAUUUCAUGUUUUAGUUCCAAUUUAUUUGAAACAUUAAAUUCUAGAAUUUCUACAUCAAAACAAAUUGAGUUUUUCAUAAUAAUUUGGAAAAAUAUAAUUUUUUUUUCUUUUUCGCAGAAACCAAAGAAAAAGGGGUAUUAUGGAUGCAAAGUAUGUUGCUAUUGUAAGGAAGGUCACAUGGAAGAUAAAGUAGAUUUUAAAGAUUAUAAAGGUGAUCGACGUCCUAUCGACGGUAAAUACUACUGUUUAUCAAAUAAUGUAAUAUACCUUCUUUACUGCUCCGAACCAGGCUGUAAGGCAAGGUAUGUUGGAUGUACUAAACGAGCAUUUAAGAUAAGAUUUGGUGAGCAUUUAAUGGCAAUUAAAUUUCUUGAUGGAAAAAUAAAAAAAAAAGAUGAGGAAUUAGUAAAACAGAUAAAACAGAAACAAAACUAUGUGAUGGAGCAUUUUACGGAAUUUCACGAGGUGGACAAAUUAAGAGGAUUGGUUAUUGAGAGUUGUCCACAAGAGGAUCCUCAUAUGAGACGUACAUUGGAAUCAAAAUGGAUCAAGGAGUUGCAGACGUUACGCAGAGAAUCGCCCUCGGACACAAAUAGAUUAAAUAAAAUUCAGUCAAUACGUGGAGGAAAGUAACCUAUUUGAAAAUCAACUAUUAAUCAUAUUUUGUUUGUGUGUUUAUUAAUUGACAAAAAAUAAUCAGCUUAUAAUAUUCAAUAAAAAUUCCAUCUCUUAUCUGUGAUUUAAAAAUUAAUCUCUUCGAAAAUAAGAUAAAUAAAUAACCAUCAUUUAAGACAUUUAGAAUUUAAAACUAAAAGCAAAUUUAAAUUAAAAAAAAAAUUAAUAAACAGCUGUUUUGAGUUUCCUGUACAAAUCGACUUUCGCUUUCACGUGUUCUAGUUAUAGAUGCGCAAACCAUUUUUAAAAAAAAGUUUUUUGACAUGAAAACAAAAAUAAUGUAUGCAAUGUUUAAUGUGAAUUGUUUCAUCUUUUGAAGCUGCUUUGAGCUUUUUUUUAAAAAAAAAAAAAAGUCGGCGCUUAGGUAGCCGAGCGGUCUAAAAUGAGUCAACCACAAACUUGUGGAUAGUUCAAACCACAAGCAUAAGCCUCGACUAACACAAUGACAUUACGAGAACUUCCUGUCAAAUAAAGUUAUUGUCAAACCAUGCAUUCAGGUAAUGAACUUUAUAAGAAUCAAAAUUAGUGCUAACUGCGGGAAAUUUUACUAAUCAUAUCUUUUUGAACACAGCUUUACAGCCAUUCAUACAUACAUACAUGCACACACACAAACACACACACACCUAGAAAAUUAUAAUUAUUGAUUUUUAUGAUUUUUUAUUCAAAAUUAUUAAUGAACUCAUUCUUGUGUUGGUGAUUGAAUAUAAAUUUAAAUUUUGAAGCAUGAGUGAUAUAAAAUUCUUAAAUUUAUUCAUGACCUUUUGUUAAAUGAUGUAAAUCUUCACACUAGUUCACAGGAAUGAGUGGAUGGAAAAAAAAGAUUUGUUUGAUAUAUUUAGUCACUCUUUGAAAUAUGCUCAGUAAUAUACGUUUUACUGUUGUAGAAGUGGUUUGCUUAUAUAUAUUAUAUAUAUCCAUUAAAAUAUUUUAGUAUAAUAUUCACGUAUUUUUAGUUACGAUAUAAGUUUACAAAUAAUAAUGAUUGUUUUAUAAAUUAUGGGUUUGAAACCGUUUUUUAAAUGAGCGCCCGCAGGUAGUGGCAAGGUGGGGCACUUGCCCCCCCCCCCCUGGAUUGAUUGGAUAAAAUUUUUUUAGGCAAAAAUAGACAAACAAUUUAUUAAAGUAAAGAGAAAAUAAAGAGAAAGUAACUAAGCUGAUGUCCUGUCCGUUUCUUCACGAUACAAAUACGCUACAGUAAAUUAAAACUAAAUUAAAACAUUACUAAAAUUUUUUUGCCCCCCCCCCCCUGGAAAGUUAAUCUAAAUUUUUUUUCCCCCCCCCCCCCUGGAAAGUUAAUCUAUUUUUUCUGCCCCCCCCCCCAGAAAGUUUUCUGCGGGCGCCCAUGCCUCUUUCCCUCUUUCACAAUCUCUCUCUAUUUCUCUCUAUUUCUGUUUCUAUCACUCGCUUUUAUUGCUUUUAACCCUACCUACAACUGUGCCAAUUAUCUUGGAGCAAUGUGAAAAUGUUAAAUUUAUAGUAAAGUUUAAGAUUAUCAAAUUAAAAAAAUAAAAAUAAAUAACAAUAAUAUAAUAAUUUUAUGAAAAGCAUAAUUAAUUUUUAAAAUGUUUUUAAGCCUCAUUUGUUUAAAACAUGAUCAGUUAAUGAUCUUUUACAUUAUUGAGGCUCAGUGUCAUUGUUUGCUUAUCAUUUCGCAAAUAUUAGUUACAUAUUUUGCAAUACUCAAAUUGAAUAGCCUGUUAAACAUAUUAAAUACUAUUUAAUGUUACGUUAUUAUGGUAUGAUGUUUCGUUGGUUUUGGCUCUUAGCCUAGGGUUAAAUUCUUCUAAACACUUCCUCGCUCAAUGAAAUUACUCAAAUCUGAUAAUAAUGGUAUUAAAUUUCAAUUAUACAUUUACAGUAAUUGUAUACAGUUAUAUCUUCAUACUUAGAAAUUAGAUCACAAUAAAUCAUCAUAUUUAAAAUAGCACGAUGUUAAAAACAUACACUACGUAAAUUUUUAUGAAUUAACUUAAGUGAACUCAAAUGAGAAGAAAAUAAUUAAGGCCAGCUUUGAAAUGUUCUACUUCAUUCCCGUAUACGGGUUUUAUGCACGAAUAAAGUCGGAUAAGAGCUUGAAUGGGUUAACAAUGUAUUGAUUGGUUUUUUCUUUAAUGUAAUUAUUUUAUCUAAGCUUCAGCAGGGUUGUCUUGUUAGGAGGUAUUUUUUUUUUUACUGUGUCUGUAACAUUUCAACAUUGCUUAGUGUUCGUGCUUAUUUUAAAUAAAAAAAUUUACAUACAC